GUCUUUAGAAAGACGAUAGCCCAAAUCAUCAUAUUCUGUAUGAAAUAAAUCAAAGUAAACCCAACAGGAAAGUGGGUUUAUAUUGGUUUAGCUCACAAAGAAACUAGAUUGGAUUGUGUGCGUUUGGGCACCUUCUUUCUGGCCCGAUGCCAAAAGCCUUCAGCGUUGUGCUUUAUGGUGGGAAAAAGGUGACUCGAAAGUCAGUAAACCCAGUGGUAAGACAGACUGCGUGUCAGAAACGGAGGUCCUUUCAUAUCACGCAGGACGUAAGGAGUUCCCUUGCUUACACUGUGAAAACGCCCCUCUACUCUCCAAGCCCUUCCUGAGUCCAGACCAUAAGCCAUCCUUCCCGGCUUGUGCUGAUCUGCUGUCCCAGCCUGCAGGGCUGCGUUUCGCGUGGCUGAGUAAAAGACGCUCCUUGGCGGUGGCGGCGUCCGGCCGUCUUUCAGUUUCUAGCAAUCUCAAUGAUCACAUUCUGGAUUGAAGCCUGACACCCGGACCUGAGAGGACAGGACUACAAUCCAUUUCUAUGACGACAGAGAAGACUUCGGCUGGGGUAAUGAAGAGUGCGUUGGAGGGUGACGCCAGGAGGACCAAUCAGGUUCCUGAGGACCACGGGGAAGUGGAUGAUAGCUCAGAGAAGACCCCCAGCAAAGCCUCCAAAUCCCCCCAGAAAAGCAACAAGCGGCCAAAGACCGUCCCCGUCAAAGUCACUCUGCUUGACGGCUCAGACUAUGAGACUGCAGUUGAGAAAUUUGCCAAGGGCCAAACCCUGCUGGACAUGGUGUGUGGCCAUCUGAACCUGCUGGAGAGGGACUACUUUGGCCUGACUUUCCAGGACGCAGACAAUGCCAAGAAUUGGUUAGAUCCCUCCAAAGAGAUUAAGAAGCAGAUUCGGGUUGGUUCCUGGAUUUUGGGAUUUUCUGUCAAGUUCUACCCCCCAGACCCAUCUGUGCUCAUCGAAGACAUUACCAGGUACUACUUGUGCCUACAGCUGAGGGAUGAUAUCCUGUCUGGUCGUCUACCCUGCUCGUUUGUCACCCAUGCCCUUUUGGGCUCCUACACUGUCCAGGCUGAACUGGGAGACUACGAGCCCGAGGAACAUGGCCCCGACUAUGUUAGUGACUUCCGCUUUGCCCCCAACCAGACACGUGAGCUGGAGGAGAGAGUGAUGGAGCUUCACCAUAACUACAGGGGAAUGAGUCCAGCAGAGGCAGAGGUGAACUUUCUAGAAAAUGCCAAGAAGCUCUCGAUGUAUGGAGUGGACCUGCAUCAUGCUAAGGAUUCAGAGGGUAUUGACAUAAUGCUUGGUGUGAGUGCCAAUGGCCUACUCAUCUACCGAGACCGUCUCAGGAUCAACCGUUUUGCCUGGCCAAAAAUCCUCAAGAUCUCCUAUAAAAGAAGUAACUUCUACAUCAAGAUCCGCCCUGGAGAGUAUGAACAGUUUGAGAGCACCAUUGGCUUCAAGCUGCCCAACCAUCGGGCUUCAAAGCGAUUGUGGAAGGUCUGCAUUGAGCACCACACCUUCUUCAGGUUGGUUUCUCCAGAGCCACCUCCCAAGGGUUUCCUGGUGAUUGGCUCCAAGUUCCGCUACAGUGGGCGAACCCAAGCCCAGACUAGACAGGCCAGCGCUCUGAUUGACAGACCUGCCCCACAGUUCAAUCGGUCUGUUAGCAAGAGGUACAUGCUGCCUCGCAGCAUUGAUGGAGCCUCAGCUCUAGGUGACAGUAUGGACCAGCUGUCCCAGCGAAGCUCUAGUGAACGUACACAGUUCAUGUCCAGAGAAGACCUGGACCAGGAGGGCAGUAUGGACCUGGACCACGAUCACUACCACUAUUCGGACCAGGACCAGUACAUGGAUCAGGCGCUAGAGCAGGGUGAAAGUCAAGAUCAGAAGCAGGCGUGGGGCACCAACAUGUCGACAUUCUCCAAAACUUUAGAACUCAAGGGUGAGGAGGCAGGCUCGCAUGUAGACUCCAAACCAGAGAACAUUAAAUGGCUUAAAGGUCUCAGGCACUUAGUCCAAAGCCCCGAUGGUGUCAUCUGUUUCUGUUUGUCUGUCGUCUGGCCGCCGGCCUUUUGGACUCACCUGCAGCACUUUACCUCUUUGUCUCUGCACGCAUCUGUUCUCUGCCUCUCAAUCCUCAACUUCCUGCUUUGCUCCAAACCCUUCACUUCAUCCCACUUGCCCCACUUCAUGCUCCCUCAUCUGUUGGACAAGGAUCUGGCCACCCCUCGGCCCAAACAGGAGCAGUUCUUGGAUAAACCAGAAGAUGUUCUACAGAAGCACCAGGCCAGCAUCAAUGAGCUGAAGAGGGCCUUGAGGCAGCCCAACAGCAAGAUGGCCCAGAGGGAGAAACGCCUCUCCUCAGCUACCCCUCCUGGAGGAACCCCUGAGCGGAAAGCAGAGACACCUCCCACACCCGCCAUUCACGAGAAGCCCCUCAGCGAAGCUUCGAGGGAACCAUGGGAGAGACGUCUGGGCUCUGUUUCGGAGGAUGACCAGGACCAUGAGAUCCUGUACCUCAAGGAAACUCAUCUGGGCAUUGAGCGCAAAUGUUCCAGCAUCACAGUCAGCUCUACAUCCAGCUUGGAGGCUGAAGUAGAUUUCACAGUGCUCACAGACCUGCACACAGGGAUGGAAGAGUUCUCCAGGGGCAUGUCAGAGCUGGGAGAGAGGGAUUUGUCACCUGAUGGGGGUCUGUGCUUGGGCAUCGACUUGCUCCAACAGCAGGGCCCUUCUGAACCACCUCCUCCAUUAGUGUCAGCUCCCCUGUCCAGAGGAGCCGGCAGCAGCCCUCCGGCCAAAUUUAUCCAGGCUGAAGAGGCUCGACCGGAAGUAAAACGAUCCGAUGUGCAGCCUGUAGUUCCCAAAAAACCAAAGAGGUCAGUGCCAGUGUCAUCGUCGGUGGACAGAGAGCAGUCGCACAAAGAUGCCAGUUGCACCCCUGCUGUCACACCACUGAGCAGGGAGGCCAGUGAUGUCAUGCCCACACCCGCAGUGAGGAAGACAGACGUCAAGACAGAAACUCAGCCCAAUGGGUCAGAGGUCAUGACAACCAUAGUGGAGUUUGCAGAUCAGGAUCGUGGGAUCACUAGCCUAAGUGAAGUUUCUUAUUCUACAAGACAAAGUGUAUCCCCUGUGCAUAUGAGCAGUCUCGGAAGAGAGGCAUCAGAUUCGCCCAUCCUCGUCACUGAAAACGUGACCUCUGAAACCACUCAAGUCACUAAGACAGUGAAAGGAGGAUAUUCGGAGACAAGGAUCGAGAAGAGGAUAAUAAUCACAGGAGACGAUGAUGUAGACCAAGAGCAGGCUCUGGCUAUUGCAAUACAGGAAGCCAAGCAACAGCAUCCAGACAUGCAGGUGACAAAGGCAGUCGUUGUCAGGGAAACCGAAUCGUCCACUGAGGACCAACAUGGAACAUCAGAGUCCUGAUUUCCUAAGAUGAGUGUGCCCCCCUUUGGACCAGAAGUAUAAGUGCCCAACCUGAGCUUGCCACUCACCAUCCCUACUGUUAGACUACUGCCAGUAGUGCUCAGUUGGAGCCUCUUGCCUGCGUUCGCACAGACACAUCUGAAACAGGACUUCUUUAAAAUUUGUAUGUUUUUAUUUUUAUUUAAACAUUUUAUUAAUUAAGUCAAGUUCAGCGUAGUGGUGGUUGGCAGAUGUGCUACAAAAAAGUUAAUCAUCACAUGGUUGUCGACAGUAUGACACCAGAAUUCCAAACAGCCGGAACAAUUAAAUAGAUAAUCCAACUAAAUUCCCCUCAAAGCUCUCAGGGCCUUUAGAUUCAAAUCACUUGAUUCAGUAUUCCUCAAUGGUCAAAGAGAAUGGUGUAGAAGGCGUUUGCUUCUGAUAAUCUGCGCACACUGUGAGAUAAUCCAAGAUAACGUGUUACAUGGUACACACGUCAUGCAUCCCAUGCAGAAAGAUUAACUUGGAAAAAAAAACAAUGGAAUGCCCUUUACAUGUUUGUCCUGCUGUCGUCAAUAACAACAAAUCCCCAGACUCCUGAUGUGCUAAAAAGUAUCUACUGCGUGUGCUAUAAAAUGUUAACAAGUUAAAGAAUCUUUUACAUGUAGCUCCAGUACUGCUACAGCAUCCAGUGAAGCAGGGUUUAGUGAGAGCAGAAGCAAUUCUAUGUUUAGUUUUCAUUCCUGCAGCCAGUCAAAUGAACAAAUGAGCUAUAGCCCACCCCCAUUACACUGAUUGAUGAGGAUGCACUAAUUGGAAGGAAGUGUGUUGUACCCGAGGUCCUCUCUUAGUGUUUAUUCAAGUGUUUAAGGACCAAGCUUGGAGCUGAUCUGAUUGCUGUCCUUCCUUCGAUCUGUCUCACUUAAGAUUUUACUUUUGUAAAAUGUAUUUCAUGAUGACAUGUGGGUGGCCAGUAUGCAAGGCUAUGACUCGAGUUGCUGCAUGGUGAUGAACUUUGAUUGUACCUUCUGUGCAUAUGUCUGGACAUUAGGAGCUGUGUACAGUGUACUUGUUAUUCAAACGGUGGCAAUGUAGUUUCUGAGCAUGUUUCACAAUGAGCCCAGUUUCUUACUAUUCCCAGGGUUUACAUACUAUACUUUCAAGCAGGGUCUGAUGCCACAUGGGCCAUUUUGUUUAAUAAGUACAUAAAAGCAGGCUCACACCUUUGUUCAAGUCACAGAACAGGCUGCUGCACCAGUAAAACUAGUAGAUGAGAUGUCUGCAUGAUAAUUUCUUGCAUUAUUAGAUUGUAAUUGAUUAAUAUGGAUAUUAACUCAUAUGAAUGAUGGAUUAUGAAAUGGAAUGCAACAGGAUAUGAAGAGUAUUCAUCAGAAUAGGUGCAAGUGAAAUACCAAGCACACAACGCAUUAGGUUUUAAUUCCCACAUCCAGCGAUGACACUCGGGCUACAUUUUGAUCCUUCUGCUACAAUGCGUUUGAUUUUCAUCUAAUUUCAGCCAGUGACGCCGUUUUAGUGUGUUAACACAUCGGUUGGCUUUGAAUCAAUUUCCCUGUAAUGCCUAAAUUUAGUUGUGCUAACUGAUGUUUUAUCAUAACUGUUUCUUCUAUAACAUUUCUUCAUUUUUAUAGAUUCCCUGUGGAAACUGUGUCAUGGCUCAAAGCCCUUCCAAUACUUAUUCCAGUGCAGUGUUAUAAAUAAAAUAUACAGUAGGAGCAGCAUCUCUGAACUUUUAGUUGUGUGAUUUGGUACAUGAAUGUUAGAGUAUUAUAGUGUGCCAAUUAAGGUAGCAGUCAAACUGUACAAACUCUGGUUUUUGUAUGAAAUAACUUUAUAUGAACAAGCUACUUUUAAUUAUAAAAGUGCUGGAAAGUCAAACGCAUAAACUUGACAUGGCAAAGUUUCCCUUUAAUUAGGGUACACUUAUAUUACCUGCAAAACUAAUCUCCCUGCUAAAGUCAUUUUUAUACAAAAGUCAUGUAUUUAAAUCAAUACAUGCAAAAUACUCAUUUGACUGAAAAAACAUGUUACAAAUGGUCAUGUCAGGUUUAUAAAAGUAUUACUACGGUACUGUAGGACCCUGGCUUACAGACACUAAACUUUCAGUCAGUGUUCACAUGUGUAAUGUAAUUCCUGUUUCAUAUUUUAGAAACAUUCCAAAUCCUUUACAGUGAUGGAUGUGGGUGUCAAAUUGAAAGGUGUGGGGAAAAAAAAUAGCAGCUAUGCUUACCUGGUACUGUAUAUUUGGUGGCGUUUGGUGGAUUGUGAAGAUAUGAAGCAGUUAAGGGCCUUGGGCUUGAUGUACACUAGGGGGCACCGGUUACCUAAAGGAGAAGAGCUUUGCAACAACAUCUGGCAUACCCAACUGAAAUCCCUCAUACCAUCCUUCACUAAGGGACAAAAUAUAUUCAAAUCGAACUUGGACCCAUCUCUGACUUACCUCCCUCUGUCCAGAUAAAGCUUUCUCCUGGGAGUCUGGCAAUAACCAGACUGUAAUUAAUCACAGACACAUGGCUGUGGCUGAGGCACCUGGUGCUGCAGUUCGAUUGGGAGACCUCUGGCUGACCUUUAAACCUAACCCAAUCCUCUCUGUACACAGCCCUCCUCUUCCACAGCAGCUUCAUCUCUUCUGCUCUCCAUUGCUUGGUUCUGUGUCUUUGCUGUACAUUGUACUUGCAUUCCUUCGAAAUGAAUAAAGAGGGAAAGAAAAAAAGAACAAGAU